AACAACGGGUGGGCGGCAGGCGACAGUCGGCAACUGGCGUGGCGGUGGGAUAACUGGUCUGACAGCAUCCCUGCCUCGUCACCUUCUUCGUCCUAUCCACACUCUAACAUCAGCCUGGAGAGAAGCUGCUUGGUUGAGUGAAACAGUGAGGAAGGAAAGGCCAUGCUCGUGUGGCCGGCGGCGGUGGUGCUGGCGUUAUGGGCAGGGGUGGGCGGCGCUGUGAGGGUCGCAUCGCCUCGCCCUCCGUCCACACAGCCUGCUGACACGCCCACGCCCACGGCUUUCAGCGUUCUUCCCAACUCGACGACGCCACCCACACCUGCACCCACCUCCGAGGCGGCGCCCGUCACUUCAGCUAACGCCACCUCCCCAGAGACGUCUGUUCCAAGCCACUCCAGGGACGAUGAAAUGCCCACGCCCGCCUCCACACCCACAGUCAGCAAGGAACAGCAUCAGUAUCCAGCCCGUCCGCCGCCCACGUCCACCACCUCCACCACCACUCCCAGCACCACCACCCAAACCACCACCACCACCACCACCACCAGCCCUACUACCACCACUUCCACCACAACCACCACCACCCAAACGCCUGCCCCACCCGCCCUGCCCCUUCCUCAACUCCCUUCAACUUACGAGAUGACGGUGGAGGUGUUGGACAUCCACAACCACGAGACCUUCACAGUGACCGAGCGAGAGAACGAAGGCUGGGCAUCUCACAAACUCACCUCUUCCACCCUCAAUGUCUCGUGUAUCUUCAUGCCCCUAAAGGCGGAAGGAUACCUGCUCGAAGGUGUGAAGUGUGGCCGCUCCUCCCGGAUGCCUAACAGAUGCUUCUGCACCGAUCGGUUCUGCCGCCCCUACAUCUCCCUGAGCAUACUGCUGGAGUACCUGCAGACACACAUACCGACCCACACCGAGCAUGAGAUGAAGGGCGUGGGCGGGAUGAAGGUGGAGGUGUGGCGAGCAAGCAAGACGGACAUGACAAUAGAGGCUGUGUACACCCGCACCAGGAGGGAUCUCACGCCCCUCUCCUUCACCGUCAAGGGACCAGGUAGUGUGUUCAUGAUACCCAACGGUCCCAUCUGGCUGCAGUACCAAGUGAGAUCCUGGGCACUCACCACCGUGCCCACCCAGGAGCUGGUGUCCACGCCCCCUGGAGUCGUGUGUCCUGUCCACGAGAGGAAAUUCCUACCUAAGCUGUCCAACCAGUUCUCGCUCACUAUGGAAACUGUGAUCCAGAACCUGGGCACCAUUGCAUACGAGUCGCAGCAUUACGAAGCGGAGGAGAAGCUGGUGUCGUUCACGUACCGGCCACACCUGCACGCUGACGGGAUGUUCCUGCUUAACAUCCCCGGCCUCACGGACCUCACUAUCGAGACCUACCGCGUCAUCCACGACUUCAAGACCGGUAUCCAGUACAUGAUCAACGAGAAGACCACCAACUGCAGUAUCCAGGGCAUCCCCGUGUCUGCCCUGGACGCUGCCUCGGCGGAGAACCAGCACAUCAGACUCCGCCACGCCUCUGAACUCAUCUCCAUUGACCCUAACAUGUUUUUCUACAAAGGCACGCGUGUGGUACGGGGGAUCCUGUGCGACGUGUGGGUGGCGGAACGCGGUGUGAGGAAGGGCCAGUACUACACAGUAGAGGUGUUCUUCUCUCACGAGAACUGGACGGUGGAGGUAGAGGUGUUCAACAAGGUGCGGCAGGUCCCCAUCGGCAUCUCCUCGUACAUCGCAGACGCGGACAACCCUAGCCGCUGGACGUCUGUGGUGCACACUUUCUUCUACGAAUACCGCGACGGGCAUCCCUCAUGGAGGCACUUCGACAUCUCGCCCUGCCUCAACCGCAUCAACCGCCUCUUCCUCAUCCUGACGCUCGAGGUCUCCUACACUGAGCUGGUCCACUACAACCUGGAGGCCGCCAAGAACUCCAUCAGGCGCGCGGUGGCCGGCAUCGCUGGGGUGUCUCCUCUCAGGGUCACCGAUAUGUUUCUGAGCAGCCGCCAGAGCACCGGGGAAGUGGACGUGUGGUUCGUGCUGCUGGAGAAGCCAGACGUCACGGGACCUAUCAUCACCCCACGACCGCAGCUCCUCAUGGCGGAUGCGUACAAGCUUCUCCAUGACAUCACGCAGAACCACAACGUCUCCGUCAAGCUGGAUCUCUCGUCGAAGAAAAAGCUGUUCGUGACCAUCAAGAGCGGCUCCCUCACCACCACCACGGAGGCGCUGCACCCACACAUGAGGCACAGGUCCAUUCGCUACCUGAAGGCAGGGUACACGGCAGGCAGCAUGGCGGGCCUUGGUUUCUCCAUGGCCAUCUUGGGUACGUGUGUGGGGAUCUUUGUGGGUUUCCUGUUGUGGAGGCGCCAGACCACCAAGCCCUGCCAUCUGGUGGACUGACGCCGGAGCUAUAUUGACCUGGCAGGCCCCAGCAUCCUCACAUGAAACACGGCGGGUGUGUGGCUCCAGCGUCAAUAGGCAUCGACAAUACUCAGUUACAAUGCAAGGGAUUUCUGUCCACAAUGAUCAGCACAAACAAUGCAGCUCACUUCUAGAAACAUGGAAUGGUGGUAUAAAUUCAACUGGGUCAAAAAAAUGCUCACUCAUUGUAUUGUGAUAAAAGUAUCCAUGGCAUGUAUAACCAAACUUGGCGAGCAGCGAUGUGUGUUGUGGCUGGCGUGUGAUCUGAGCCACACCUUGGGCGCAUCAAACACACACCUAAUUAGUUAAUCUAAUAUGUACCAGAAACCGUCACGUUCGUUGGGUCAGCGAGGUAAUCAUACACACACACGCCCUCAGACUUGUCUACUUCCACUAAAACUGUGGACAGGAACUCUAAUCACAAGUUUACGUACGUUGCACAAAGUGUAUAAACUUAAUGUUUACAUAUGGGUGAACUAGCGUGGCUCUCCUGACUAGGUGUGAAAUACUGGCACGAAAGUGUGAGUAUUUCAUCCAUGAGAAUUUUUUCUAAUAAUGUCACAAUCAUUAAUCGUUUUCCGUCAUCGUAUAAUGUUUUUUUUUAUUAUUUCUUGAAAUUUGUCCGCCCUAAGGUUGCCUGUGAAAUUAUAUUGAGUGGAAUAUCUGCUCAGAACUCAACUACAAUACAAACUGAAACUGUAUUCAUCCAUUGAGGAGAAUCAUCAGUUUAAACCUUCACGCAUUAAUCUUUAUUGAGUGUGACCGCCAUGCAUCUCCACAUGUUCACUAUGCAUUCAACACUGAAAAGUAUACCUUGUUCAUCUGAUAUUCAGAACUACACAUACGUAUACAUUUAAACACCUAUAUUCUUCUUUCGUGAGAAGACUCAAACAAUAUUUCAAUCAUUGUUAGUUUCCACCUGUCAUGCAAUAAUUACGAUCACAGGUACAAACAGCGCAGUAUUAGCCAGGUGAUGUGAUGGAUCAGCUUUACUAGUAUUCAUAAGGCUCACUCAUGUGCGUACUAACAAAGCUGUAAUGUAAUGCGCAAUGCGUCUAAUCUGCAUUACAUUAUUAUUUCCUUCUAUUCAGUAUCAUUAGACCAUUAAUCUACAUAUUUAUCUAUCAGUCUGCAUCUAUAUACUAUCUACCUAUCUAUCUAUCUAGCCAUAUAUCUAUCUAUAUUCUAUAUAUAUCUAGGUACGUAUGUGUUUAUCUAUCUCUAUAUAACUCAUCAAUGCUGGGAACUUGAACAGCGUGACAAGAACAAUAAAAAAAGUCUUCAGGUCCUUCCUCACAGGUGUUUGUACAUUUCUUGCGAAGGUCAGUACUCUGAAUUUGAGCAGAUUUUUCAGCUUUACUUCUCUAAGAUAUUAAUCUCUCUCUCUCUCUCUCUCUCUCUCUCUCUCUCUCAUACUAGGUAGUUUCGUCUUAACAUAUUUUUACAUUAUAUCCAAAUAGUAGUUCUGCCUUUUUUUUAACUGUUCACUAUCUUCACAUCCUGUAUAUAUUUAAUAUAUUUUUUUUCAAUUUAUUCCAUACUCUUGCUUUUAUAGUAUACGGAGAUGGAAUUCUUAUUUCACUUUAGUACAUUCUCGUUCCCGCAGUCGCUCUAUUAGCCUCUUGACCUCACACUAUCCACCCCCAGAAUGGUAGGCCUUAGUAAUGCUCACCCGUAGCAGCAUGAGAGGUUCUUGGUAGACAUACCAGAGAACAACAGCGACUGUAAAAUAGUCCCUCAGUAGUUUUAGAUAAUAAACUCUUACUCUUCAACUUACUUCUCCUCCUGCUCCUCCUUGACGCUACCAUUCCCUCCUAGGCUUUGUAGAGUAUAGGUAUCAGGCAGAUAAUAACUUUGUUGUGUAUAACCUCGAGUCUUGUGCUCAAUAGUGUAGAAACGUUGAUGAAUUUGAAUUAGGAAUGCGGAUUUCGGUGAUAAAUUUUCCAAAUUUAAUAAGUGCAUACACAUGAAAAGUCAAUUGGGAGGACGAUUAAGUAAGAAAAUCGUAUGAAUUCAUUGAUAUCUUGAGCAACUACUCAAACUGCAUUCCGCAUGUAGCUAAACAGUACUAAAGCCAUGCAUGUUGCAGGUCAUAUGAAGAAUCAAAUAACAGACUGAUUACUGUACAAACCAUUGUGAAGUUGUUAAUGCCUAGAUUAAUUUUGAUAACGGUUCAACGCAUUAUUAUGAAAUUAGUUAGAGAGGAUGAAGUAUGAAGUUCCUGGGAAUGAAGUAUGUACAUGACCAGUGUAGUUGUUAAGCAGGGCAGGUCCGGAAUGCUCCACUCACCAUCGCAACUCUUGUCCCUAACCUCGGAUCUGCCUUGCCUUUAAACUGUUAAAAUACUCAACACUUUGGCAAACUGUUGUGCCAUCGUCUAUACCAGCUCGUAGUUCCGGCUGUGCUCACCCUCCUUGCGAGGGCUGGAGGUGCAGACGCCUCAGCCUGAAGUGGGGCGAAGCGUGGCCUGGUAAGUGUGCCCACCUGCGAGCGCACGUCGUCCAAUAGUCGUCCACUAGUCGUAAGGAACUUCAGCGUGAUACCAUAACUUUGUGGCUGAGGCUGGUGCUUCUUGGCACAGGUGGACGUAGCUAACAAUCUUUGACCUAGUAACUACAGGUAUGUACUCUGUACUGAGGACUUGUGAAGGUAGAUAUACCUUUAAAGUAUUGUUACUUCUAGUUGCAUGGAGUUUCCAUGCUUCUAUCCCUCUAGGGGGAACACUCGUGCCAAAAAUGUACCAAGCAUCGCCGUGUACAUAAAUGCCUCAAACUGAUGCAGAGAGUCUUGUAGGUUACCUUGUCCUGCGUCAAGCGUGCACAGUACAGACCAACAACAGUAACCUUUCAGUACUGUGCAAUGUUGUUUGAUUAAGCGAAUAUACUGUGCGUCGCCACAAAGUGAAUGAUGUCCUGUAUAUUACUUUAGAUGUAAUGGGUUACAAAUGUAUAUUUUGUUGACUAUACCACGAGCAUAUUGUAUUUGCAAUUUUUUUUUCGUUUAUCAUUCGAUUUUCUAAGGCUGUAAAAUUUGUUACCACAAAACAUUACCUACCCAUUGUUGCAGGUGUUACUAUGCAGGCGUGUCGAUGUGGAGUGUAUUGUGAAGUGUGCAUUGCUUGUCGUGCACUGACAGCGGUGUUAGUAAACACCAUGUCACGGAUAAGUUGUACCACCGGCAAGGUGAACAGGGUCUGGUAUACUAGUAGGUCUGGCCUGAAGAAUAGGCUGUCAUCAAAUAAAGGUGAAAUACGUACUUAGGAUUAGAAUGCAACUUUAACUCAGAAAAGCUGUCAUCAAAUGCAAUGCAUGUGUCAACGGCUGAUAGGUUUGACGCAAUUCCCGCCGCUGCUGUGUUUUGUUCGUAACACAAUAGUCACUUAUCUGUGCUAGACGAACCAAAGAUGAAUUAUAUUAGUGUGAGAUAUUAAGUUAUCCCGAGACAAAACUGUCCAUGUAUAAAUAUUAACCGCUUACAUGUACGUACUUUAUAAAUUGUUAUGUAAUAAUUUUCAAAACAAUGCAUGUAAUUUAAUCUGUAGUUUCUGUAUCACACUGGCAUGGAGGCAAUAUAAUUAUAAAUAAUAAACACAUGGAAUUAAGUAUUUUACAAAACCACUUUAUUCAUCACAACAGGGAAAGAAGCUCAUUGGCUACUGGCAACACAACACAGCCACCAGCACGCACUUCAACAAUAGCGUAUCAGGUCAACAGAAUCCCUCGCGAGCCUCAAGGUGUUACUCUCUCAGCUUACACCAUUGCAAUCUACUUCUGAUACACCGUUUCCAUUAAAAAGUACCCUAAAAAAAAAAAAAA